AUGACAACAGUGCGAGCGCAGAAUCUCCAGGUGCGGAUGCUUCCGUCUGAUAUCUCCCCCCUCCCCCUCCUUCCCUUUUUGCUCAUGGACGUUGAAGCUGAUGUUAUCCUCAUACAGGACCUUAUCUACAAACGUGGCCAAGCCGGCGUCACGAAAGCGAGCGUUACGAUCGUUUUCGACAACAGAGACAAGAAAAAGUCACCCAUCGGCUUCGAAGAGUAUGCGACCAUCAGUGUGACUCGCCAGAUUGUCUUGGGCGGCACAUCCAAAUACCUCAUCAAUGGACACCGCGCACAGCAACAAACAGUACAAAAUCUCUUCCAGUCCGUCCAGCUCAAUAUCAACAACCCCAACUUCCUCAUCAUGCAGGGCCGAAUCACAAAGGUUCUGAACAUGAAGCCUGUCGAGAUUCUGGCCAUGAUCGAGGAAGCGGCGGGAACACGAAUGUUCGAGGAUAGGAGAGAUAAAGCGCUGAAGACGAUGGCCAAGAAGGAGAUGAAGCUCCAGGAGAUCACAGAGCUGCUCCGCGACGAAAUCGAGCCCAAACUCGAGAAGUUGCGAACAGAGAAGCGCGCUUUCCUCGAUUUCCAACAAACACAGAACGACCUUGAGCGCCUUACAAGAGUGGUUGUUGCGCACGACUAUGUUCGCUGCCAGGAGAAGCUGGAGCAGUCCGCAGCAGACCUAGAGAGCAAGAAGCAACGCCAAAAGGACCUCGAAGAGUCAGCGACACGGUUAAAGAGCGAAAUUUCCCAUCUCGAGGAGGACGUCAAGCGGGUUCGCGAACAACGUGACAAGGAGUUGAAGAAGGGAGGCAAGGCGCAGGCUCUCGAGGACGCCGUGAAGAAGCAUUCGAACGGGCUUGUCAGACUCGCCACCGUCAUGGACUUGAAAAAGUCCAGCAUGGCCGAAGAAAAGGAAAGGAAGACGGCCGUCGAGAAGAACGUGUCCGAAUUGGAAGCGACAUUGCAAGAGAAGACCCAGGCAUUUGAAGAAAUCAAGGCAAGGUUCGACGCUGCCAAGGAUGACCUGGAGAAGCAAAGCCAAGAGGCCGAAUCCAAGGAGGAACUCUUGCAAACGCUGCAGACCGGUGUCGCCUCCAAAGACGGUCAAGAGAGCGGCUACCAAGGCCAGCUCCAAGACGCGAGGAACCGUGCGACAGCUGCUGUCACCGAACAGGAGCAGGCGAAGAUGAAGAUUGCCCAUCUCGAGAAGCGCAUCAAGGAAGAAGAACCACGCGCCAAGAAGGCGAAGGAACAAAACGCCGAUCUCCUGAAGGAUCUCGAAGUACUGAGGUCACAAGCCCAGAAACUCGAAAAAGAGCUGGGCAGACUGGGCUUCGAGCCUGGCCAGGAAGAGCAGCUGUACCAGAAGCAGUCCUCAUUACAGCAGCAAAUCCGAGGCCUCCGCCAAGAGGCGGAUGGGUUGAAGCGCAAGGUCGCCAACAUUGACUUCAAUUACGCGGACCCGACCCCUAACUUCGACAGGUCCAAGGUCAAGGGCUUGGUUGCUCAGUUGUUCACCUUGGACAAAGAGAAUACGCAAGCGGGAACUGCCCUUGAGAUCUGCGCCGGUGGUCGUCUCUACAACGUUGUCGUUGAUACUGAAGUAACUGGUACCCAGCUGCUCCAGGGAGGAAAGCUUCGCAAACGCGUCACUAUCAUUCCUUUAAACAAGAUCGCAGCCUUCAAGGCCUCAGCUCAGACCAUCGCGACGGCCCAAAGAAUCGCUCCAGGCAAGGUCGACCUAGCCCUGUCCCUCGUUGGUUACGACCAUGAGGUAUCUGCAGCCAUGGAGUACGUCUUUGGCAACACUCUCAUUUGUGCCGACGCAGACACGGCGAAGAAAGUGACCUUUGACCCCAAUGUGAGGAUGAGGAGUAUCACCCUGGAAGGAGAUGCUUACGACCCUUCCGGUACUCUGUCUGGUGGUAGCUCUCCCAACUCCAGUGGCGUGCUAGUCACCCUGCAGAAGCUUAACGACAUCACUCGCCAACUCAAAGAGGCUGAGGCGUCAUUGCACGGGCUUCAACUCACCAUCGCGAGUGAGAAGUCUAAGCUUGAUCAUGCGCGCAAGAUUAAACAGGAGCUCGAUUUGAAGAGCCACGAGAUCAAGCUCGCCGAGGAGCAGAUCAGCGGCAACUCUUCGUCUUCAAUCAUUCAAGAGGUGGAGAAUAUGAAGGAGACCAUUGCCCAGCUUAAGACAGACACCGCGGAAGCGAAGAAGAAGCACGCCGAAGCCACCGCCGACGUUAAGCAGAUUGAGAAGGACAUGAAGGACUUCGACAACAACAAGGACGCGAAGCUCGUUGAGCUGCAGAAGUCCCUGGACAAGCUGCGAGCGACUCUCACAAAGAACUCUGCCUCGGUCAAGGUUCUGCAAAAGGAGGUGCAAGGUGCGCAGCUUGACUCUGAACAAGUCUCGGGCGACCUGUCUGCAGCCCGCGAGCAACUGCAAGAAGUCGAGGUGGCCAUCAAGGCUCAGCAGCAGGACAUCGAAGACCUCGUCAAACAGCAGAGCAGCCUCCAAGAGACGCUCGAUGGUGUCCAGGCCGAGCUUGAUGAUGAACGCGCCAAGUUGCACGGCUUUGAUGAUGAACUUCGCGCGCUCGAGGACGCUACUCGGUCCAAGAAUGCUCGUAUCGCCGAGGAGAGUCUCGAAAAGCAGAAACUUGGCCAUCAAGUCGAGAGGUUUCACAAGGAACAGCAGUCGGCCGUGCAGACGGUAGCUCACAUGGAGAAGGAGCACGACUGGAUCGCCGACGAGAAGGAGAACUUUGGCCGUUCAGGUACGCCGUACGACUUCAAGGGCCAGAACAUUGGCGAGUGCAAGGCGACGCUCCGCAACUUGACGGACCGCUUCCAGGGCAUGAAGAAGAAGAUCAAUCCCAAGGUCAUGAACAUGAUUGAGAGCGUCGAGAAGAAGGAGAUCUCGCUCAAGCAUAUGAUGAAGACGGUCAUCCGCGACAAGCGCAAGAUCGAGGAGACCAUCAUCAGCUUGGACGACUACAAGAAGAAGGCUCUUCAAGAGACGUGGGAGAAAGUCAACGGCGACUUUGGCCAGAUCUUCAACGAGCUCCUGCCUGGCAGUUUUGCCAAGCUGGAUCCCCCUGAAGGCAAGACUAUCAGCGAGGGUCUUGAAGUCAAGGUCUCCCUCGGCAAGGUGUGGAAGCAGAGUUUGACUGAGCUCUCUGGAGGACAAAGAUCCCUCAUUGCUCUUUCCCUCAUCAUGGCUCUUUUGCAGUUCAAGCCGGCGCCAAUGUAUAUCCUCGACGAGGUCGACGCUGCCCUGGACUUGUCACACACGCAAAACAUCGGCCGUCUGAUCAAAACGCGUUUCAAGGGGUCGCAGUUCAUUGUCGUGUCCCUGAAGGACGGCAUGUUCCAGAACGCCAACCGCAUCUUCCGCACCCGCUUCAGCGAGGGAACCAGCAUGGUUCAAGCGUUGACGCCCGCGGAUCUGAAAUAA